UCGGCCUCUUGCUCCCCCUCCCGCCCGUCCAUCACCAUGGGCGUGUGGGUGGCCAGCGCCUCGCCCACCCUCUUCCCUCGCUCCUUCAGCACCGCCGCCCAGUCCAGGAAGGAAGGGCGCCUCGUGGUCAGCUGAAGUCUCUCAUUCGGGGGAGGAAUAAGAAGCAGACAGGAGCAGAGGUCGCGCGGGCGGCGGCGAGGUGAUGGCCGGGAGGGCGCGAGGGGCAGGCAGCAGGGAAGGGUAGAGGUGAGGUAGCUGAGGUCGUGCCCCUAACUGCUCUGAGACAUUCCGGUACCGUUCAUGACUGGCAGAAGGAUGUGGUCUUGCAUAUGAGGGGAAGGGAAAGGAAAGAACAGUACGUGGCGUGGGUUUCGUUGGUUGGUACACAUAAAAUAGUUGUAUUGACCACAGACUGCAAUGAAAAAGGGAGGCGAGAGCGACCAGUCAGGGUAGACCUUCCCUGUAUUCACGUGAAGUGCUGCUCCCCGCCAUUCCAGUAACCUGUAACGUUAGCUUUCAGUCUGUCCAGGGAUUCACAAGUAAGUCCAUGAAAUGAGCACUCCACUGCGGCUACUGAAACAAGCAACUUUCCAAUGGCUAUGGUGAAAGAGGAAUGUUUCCAAGGUUUCUCACAAGUAUUGUAUCAUGGCGCUCUGUGGCCAUCCUGGCAUUGAUUGCAAGUCUGCUGCAGAUAACCAAUAUAGUCUUAUCAUGGCAACUGAAGCAAAGACAUAUGCUGUAUUCAUCCGAGGCUGCCGCGGUGCAGGAGGCCAGCAGCCAGCCAGGGUCAAGGAGACAGCACCCAUCGGCCGCCAGACACAGAGACUUCCACCUCGGCCCAAAAGUCUCAGAUGACCACCAAGCAAUACUGUCCCGCAUUGCUCACUGGAGCGUGCUGGACAGUUCUGGGGAGUUCCGCGUGUCAGUUGGAGUGCUGCAGGGGGUGGCGGGAUCCAUGGAGUGGGUGGAGCAGGGUGAGGCAAGGCACCAUGGCAUCACCCUUGUCACCCAGUGUUCCUUGGCAAGGCUGCACAGGCUUCCACCUCUCACUGUGCACUGGCAGGGCCCAGUGUCCAUCGCAGUGUUUGUUCUGAGUGGGGAGGUGCAGGCAGCUGUCCAGACAUUCCAUUUGCUGAGGAAGUGUUACCCGGGUGUGAAGGAGAAUGUCACCUUCAGCCUGGUGUUUCCCCUCAAUUCCCCCACCUCCCCUCACAUCAUCCCCACUGCAGACACAACUCCCUGCCACAAAAUCUUCUCUGCUAUGCACCAAGACAACUACAGCUUUAAUGGAGUGCAGUACCCCAACAACUUGCUGAGGAAUGUUGCGCGUAAAGCGACCAGCACCAGCUACAUGAUGGUGGUUGACAUUGACAUGACUCCUAACUCAGGACUUCAUCAAUCCUUUGUGUCAUUUGCUAAGAAAAAUGGCUUGUUUGGGAAGCAAUCUAGUGAAGAAAAGACAGUGUGGGUGCUGCCAGCCUAUGAAGUGAAGGAAGAUGCUGGUAUCCCUGAAACUAAGCAGCAGUUAUUGGAUAUGAGAGAAAAUGGCUUGGCUAGACCUUUUUAUCAAGAAUUGUGCUUAAAGUGUCAGAAGUUCACGGACUACCCAGCGUGGGAAAAGAAGAAGACUGGAGGUACAGGAGUGAUGACUAUAUACGAGGUACUCUGGCAGGACCCAUGGGAACCCUUCUAUAUUGCCAGCACCAAGAUACCUCUCUAUGAUGAAAGGUUCAGACAGUACGGCUUCAACAGGAUCAGCCAGGUGUGUGAGCUGCACGUGGCGGGCUUCAGGUUCUUGGUGUUGGAUUCUGCAUUUGUGAUUCAUGAAGGAUUCAAAACAGUGGACAGCUUCCACAGCACAAAGGAUGCAGAGCAGGAAAAGAACCGCAUACUCUUUCGUCAGUUUAAAGCUGAAUUGAAGAUAAAAUAUCCAGAGUCUUCUCGGAGAUGUUACUGAGGUCCCAUUUUUUUUGCUCACAUCCACGCAGCCACUGCCCCUCAUACUGUGUGGCCACUGGGUUUUUAACUGUGUCAGUUUUUAAGCCAUUGCAUAUGCCUUUGUUUUCUUAAGUAAGGUACUAUGCAAAAUUUAUCCCAGUCACAAUUAAGCUGAGGAAUUUUGGUAUGAAACAAAUAUAUAAAUAUUCAAAACCCAAAAUCCCAAGGCUUGACAUUAAUGGAGAGCUUUACAGUGUGACAAGGAUUGGCACACAUCAGAUGUAGUUUGCACCUCAUCAAGAUGAGUAUAUCAUAUUCCUCAUACUUUAGCUUUAAUUAUGAUGAAUUGUAUUCUAAAAAGCUUUAAUUUGAUUUAUGCAUUGUAUAAGAUACAUGCUGCAUUCCUAUUUAUCUUGGUUUAAAAUUUAUUAUAUAAGUAAGUAGAUCUUUAUUCUAAAUGCACUCUACAAGAUGGCUAGUACUAUGUUAGUUUUUUUCUAUCUUUAUACAAAUGGUUAAUUGAAAAUUAAAUGUCUUGUUAGUAAUAAAUUAUUUAGUACCAAAGUA